GCUAUGGCAACCUCUGUAAUAAAUAGAUGUUCUGAAACUGCUCAGAGGCUGAGAGGAUCACAGGAGAGGACUGGAAGAUGGCAUGUGAUAAGGCAUCUCUUCUGGAAGAUCCUCAGAAGAUUUUUAAAGAAUACGAAAUAGAUGAAGGUGUGGGAUUCGCUCUGCCAAAUCCACUGGAGGAGCUACCUAAGCCUUAUGAUGCCUGGAUUCUCAUUGCCAGAAAUCUGACAGAAGUGAUUGAGACUGGCCAACUACGUGCAAGAGUUGAGGAGUUACCUAUGCUCAGCAUUGAUGGCCUCCAAGGGUACAAGUCUCAGCGACUUGCCCAUCUGGUGCUGGGGUACAUCACCAUGGCAUAUGUGUGGAAUCAAGGAGAUGGAGAUAUUCGGAAGGUUCUGCCAAGAAACAUUGCUAUUCCUUACUGCCAACUCUCUAAGAAGCUGGGGCUGCCUCCCAUUCUGGUUUAUGCAGACUGUGUCUUGGCAAACUGGAAGAAAAAGGAUCCUAGUGGGCCCAUGACUUACGAGAACAUGGACAUUCUGUUCUCAUUUCCUGGUGGGGAUUGCAGUAAGGGAUUCUUCCUGGUUUCUCUGUUGGUGGAAAUAGCAGCUGCUUCUGCAAUCAAAGUAAUUCCUGCUAUAUUCAGUGCAAUAAAACACGAGGACCAUGGUAUUUUGGAGAAGGCACUGCUUGAGAUAACUUCUUGUCUGCGCAAAGCCCUUAAAGAGUUUCACCAAAUGCAUGAAUACGUGGACCCAAACCAGUUCUUCAAUGUUCUUCGCAUAUACUUGUCUGGCUGGAAAGGUAACCCCCUGCUGUCGGAGGGUCUGCUGUAUGAAGGUGUUGAGAACACCCCACAGAUGUUUGCAGGGGGCAGUGCAGCCCAAAGCAGCAUCUUUCAGUGCUUCGACGUCCUGCUGGGCAUCCAGCAGAACUCUGGUAAAAAAUCUGAUGCUGAAUUCCUUCAGGAUAUGAGAAAAUAUAUGCCACCAGCUCACCGGAAAUUUCUUGUCUCAUUGGAGUCAGGCUUCUCAGUCCGUCAGUUUGUUCUUUUGAAAGGUGAUGCCAGCCUGAAGGCGUCUUACAAUAAGUGUGUCAAAGCUAUGGUCUCCCUGAGAGAGUACCACCUGAAGAUAGUAGAGAAGUACAUUGUGAAUCCUGCAAAGUCAGCCAAGAGCAACGAAACAUCUGAAGAGCCAUCGGAAAUGGAAAAUAAGGGAACUGGAGGCACUGAUGUCAUGGCUUUCCUAGGGAAUGUAAAACAAACAACUGAAAGAUUCCUAUUGUAGGAAAAGUAGUGUAACCCAAACAAGGGUACAUUUUGUCCAGACAAAGAUGUCUAUAUAUGUUAAUGUCACUGUUCAUUAUAUAAGCUCCAUGAAUGAAAUGCAACAACUACUUAACAGUGUAUUAUAAAAGAGUUCAAAAUAUCUUUUCUGAUACCUGCUCAGGCCCUGUAUGAGAACACCAAGAGGUAAUUCCAUUAAAAACAUUUAUCAUCUAUAUUGUCUAAUUACAAUGUAAUGAUGAAAUUCAAUAAAAGCUAAUAAAAUCUCUAAAA